AUGAUUAAAGAAUUACCUAAGAAUAGAUUUUUCUCAACAACCAGUUCCAUAAUUACUGGGAUAUCAACAACCAGUUCCAUAGUUACUGGGAUAUUAACAAACAAUUCCAUAGUUACUGGGAUAUCAACAAACAAUUCCAUAGUUACUGGGAUAUUAACAAACAAUUCCAUAAUUACUGGGAUAUCAACAACCAGUACCAUAGUUACUGCGAUAUCAACAACCAGUUCCAUAGUUACUGGGAUAUUAACAAACAAUUCCAUAGUUACUGGGAUAUCAACAACCAAUUCCAUAGUUACUGGGAUAUCCACAAACAAUUCCAUAGUUACUGGGAUAUCAACAACCAAUUCCAUAGUUACUGGGAUAUCCACAAACAAUUCCACAGUUACUGGGAUAUCAACAACCAAUUCCAUAGUUACUGGGAUAUCAACAAACAAUUCCAUAGUUACUGGGAUAUUAACAAACAAUUCCAUAAUUACUGGGAUAUCAACAACCAGUACCAUAGUUACUGCGAUAUCAACAACCAGUUCCAUAGUUACUGGGAUAUUAACAAACAAUUCAAUAGUUACUGGGAUAUCCACAAACAAUUGCAUAGUUACUGGGAUAUCAACCGUAGUUACUGUUACUGGGGUAUCAACAACCAGUUCCAUAGUUACUGGGAUAUCCACAAACAAUUCGAUAGUUACUGGGAUAUCCACAAACAAUUCGAUAGUUACUGGGAUAUCCACAAACAAUUCCAAAGUUACUGGGAUAUCAACAACCAAUUCCAUAGUAACUGGGAUAUUAACAACCAAUUCCAUAGUUACUGGGAUAUCAACAACCAAUUCCAUAGUUACUGGGAUAUUAACAACCAAUUCUAUAGUUACUGGGGUAUCAACAACAAGUUCCAUAGUUACUGGGAUAUCCACAAACAAUUCGAUAGUUACUGGGAUAUCCACAAACAAUUCGAUAGUUACUGGGAUAUCAACUGGGAUAUCAACAACCAAUUCCAUAGUUACUGGGAUAUUAACAACCAAUUCCAUAGUUACUGGGAUACCAACAACCAAUUCCAUAGUUACUGGGAUAUCCACAAACAAUUCGAUAGUUACUGGGAUAUCCACAAACAAUUCCAAAGUUACUGGGAUAUCAACAACCAAUUCCAUAGUUACUGGGAUAUCAACCGUAGUUACUGGUAUAUUAACAACCAAUUCCAUAAUUACUGGUAUAUCAACAACCAAUUCCAUAUUUACUGGGAUAUUAACAACCAAUUCCAUAGUUAUUGGGAUAUACACAAACAAUUCCAUAGUUACUGGGAUAUCCACAAACAAUUCGAUAGUUACUGGGAUAUCCACAACCAAUUCCAUAGUAACUGGGAUAUUAACAACCAGUUCCAUAGUUACUGGGAUAUUAACAACCAAUUCCAUAGUUAUUGGGAUAUCCACAAACAAUCCCAUAGUUACUGGGAUAUCCACAAACAAUUCCAUAGUUACUGGGAUAUCCACAAACAAUUCGAUAGUUACUGGGAUAUCAACUGGGAUAUCAACAACCAAUUCCAUAGUUACUGGGAUAUCAUAG